CCCAGUACUCAUAUCGACCACUACAGCCCACACGUUGAUCUAACAAUGGCCUCGCACGACCCACAUCUCACGCUCUCCAGACCGUCUUCUGCAUCUUCCAUCUUCAUCGCACAAGAUACGCCGCCGACGCCCACCACCACAAAAAAAUUUCAAGUGCCCGACCCUUCGUCACUCUCAGUCUGCAAGGGUCCUUCUACAGCUGCACCAAGCUCUUGUUACGACUUCAAAGACACUGUCGUGGUAUGCGUUGAAGAUAACAAGAAGCGCAAGGAAUACACCCUGCUUCGUAGAUUAUUGGUAUGGCAUUCAUCAUACUUCGCAGCGGCUCUCGACCCAGAGGGCGGCUGGUCGCAGGACAAGCAGCAGCUUCUAAACCUCGAAUGCUCACACAGUACUUUCGAAGUCUUUUGCUGCUGGAUUCACACAAACAGACUUAAGGAUCCUGUCACUGAUAUGGAGCGCGUCAAGGAUAUCUAUCUUUCAACGCGAUCGUUGCUCGACGUCUGGGUUUUUGCCGAUUUCCGCGGCAUCCCAGCACUUGGCAAUGCCGCUAUCGACAUGUUGCAUGAAAAAAUAAUGGCCAAGAGUGCAGUACAUGCUAAUAUAGUCAAGAUGACCUACGAGAAGACCGCAGUGGGAAGUAGGUUUCGCGCAUACUUGAUUCACCUGUAUAAGUACACGGCAAUGCUGAGCGAUAUGGUGGCUCAUCCAAACCUCUACACCGCAGAAUUUCUAUGCGAGGUACUCCCGUUCCUGUCUCAUAGAACAGAUGUCGAAUUUCGAGGGAUUGCAGGACUCCUGAAGGUGGACCGCUGCCAGUGGCACGACCACUCAGGACCCGGAGGCAAGCUGAGACUGGAAGGCCGGAAGUGAGAGGGCGCAUCCUGGUUGGCGCGUCCAGAGAAAAACCAAUCCAUGGAGUAGAUAAAGCACGAAGGGACCAUGAUACUCCUGUGGCGAUCUGA